AGAUGAAGGAGAUACUCGAGAUGAAGAGAACCCACGAAAAAUUGUUGAAGAAAAGACAAUGCAGGAUGUCAAAGGAGAAGAUUCUGUCUUGAGCGGGGAAGCCCAUUAAAAAAAAUCGAGCUAAUACUGGAGUUUCCAUGACAACGAAACGUCGUGUUAUCAUGUCGGACAGACUCGGACUGUCUUAGAACUCGAGUGGAGAACGCGCUGAAAAGAAAGAAGACAAUGAGUGCGUUAAAAGCACCGAUAGAUUGUAGAAACUUGGAAGAGGAACUUCACGCGGCUCUCGCGGCCGACGAAUUAUAUAAAUUACAAAACGACGCUAAAAUUCGAGCGAUUGAACAAUCAGUUCCAACAUAUGAGCACUUCAGACAGAUGGUGAACGGUGCUCACUUGAAACCCUUGGAUCGGAACGACAUGAAACCAAAGAUCGGCGUACAGUGGAAUCCGCUGAUUAAUGCUACCAAGCCUGACUCGACUGCAUCCGCAGCUUCGAGAAAAUCGACACGCGAUAAGGAGAGCAAUGGAAAUAUUGUGAAAAAGUCUCGAGAGAUAUGCGAGGAUUUUUUACAAUCUUGGAGAACAAUCGCGGAUCACUCCGGCAAGUUUGCCUGCGUAUGGAACCUAAGGAACGACUUGCAACAUCACGUCUUUCGGGUGGAAAUUCCGGCGUCUUUCCUCGGUGACUUCGCAAACACAUGUCUGCAGCAUUCGUCAAAGAUAAACGAUGUAACGUCAAUUGUAGAACUUCUCGGUAUACUGAGCGUGUGUAACAGGUUUGAUCUAAUGGUAUGCUUCAUGACGAGAGACGAGAAAUCUACAUAUGAACAACUUUUUCGGCAAUUGCUCAAAUUGUCACCAGACAAAUCUUUGGAAAACACGAUUGAAUCGUUAGCCGUGAAAUAUGGAGUUAAACUCGAUUAACAAAGUACAGUGUAGCUCUUCUUAUAAAUAGUGAAACAAAAUAAAUAAUUGAAGACUGUUAAA